CUAGCAGCAGUUAGUGUUACUAGAAGUGGAAGAAGUGGAAGAGUGUUUUUAACAGUAUGGAGCGUCUGAAGUUAGUGCUGCAGUACUUUCAGUCCAACUCUGAGUCCAUAUCAAAUGGGAUCUGUAUCGUCCUGGCCUUGGUCAGUGUCAAGCUCUACACCAGCUUUGACUUUAAAUGCCCGUGCCUUCCUCAGUACAACAAACUUUACUCUCUGGGAGUUAUGAUCAUCCCACCCAUCAUACUUUUCUUCCUUGGCGUCCUGAUCAACAGACAUACAGGAGUCAUGAUGGACGAGUGGAUGAGACCUGUUGGGAACAGGUCCAAAAAUCCUGCUGUGGUGAAGUACCUCUUCUCAGCCAUGAUCCAAAGAGCCCUGCUGGCCCCACUGGUGUGGCUCCUGGUCACUUUGCUGGAUGGAAAAAUCUUUAUCUGUGCAUUUAGUUUGAGCGUAGACCCUGCGCUCUUCUCAGGUUUGCCCAACAACACAGAUCUGGAUGUGAUCAUCAUCAUGUCCAAAGUUCCCUGUAAGGAGGACGUUAUCUUCAGGAACAGCUCCUUUCACAAAGCAGUCUCUCGUUACGUUCGCUGCUAUUCACAAGCAGUCGGCUGGUCCAUCCUUCUCUUCCUGAUUGUCCUGGGAGCACUGGGACGCCUCAUCAAGCCUUGUUUUGAUGACCAUGCCAGGUUCCUGCAGACACGCUACUGGAGCAACUACCUGGACGUGGAGCAGAAGCUCUUUGACGAAACUUGUGUUUUGCACGCUCGGGACUUUGCGCGUAAAUGUGUUGUACAGUUCUUUGAGGACAUGAGGGAGGACACCAUACUCCGUCUCUCCCACCCAUCCGUCAUCAGCCACUCCCUCGUGGAGUGGCGGAAUGAAGAAGAGGAGAGACUUCAUGGAAUAACAAAGCAAGAGCAGAUGGACAAGCUGCUCAACAAAUGGUACUGUAGUAAACCGGAACUUGACGUGACCAGGAUUGCCCACAGACCCAGAACAUGUGUCACUUGGGAAGACCACAAAGGAAAAACAUUAUACACAGAUCUAUAGGACACAGAGUGGUGUGUAGUUACAGAGGAGCC